UUUAUCGACUCAGUUUGCCUUAUGAAUAAGCCUGUAGUUUACAUAGUUAUUUAUUCAUUGUACCAACAUGUGUACAAGCUUGCCUUAUCUGUAAAGCAUGGAUUAGAAGAGCAAGGCGUCAAUGCCCAAAUAUUUCAAGUAGCUGAGACAUUAACAGAUGAAGUACUUGCUAAAAUGGAAGCGCCACCCAAACCUGAUAUCCCCAUUAUGACUGUCGAAAAACUUUCAGAACCUGACGGUAUUCUCUUUGGUCUCCCCACACGCUUUGGUACCAUGCCGGCUCAAAUGAAGACGUUGUUGGACGCCAGUGGUGCUCUUUGGGCCAAAGGUGCUCUUGCUGGUAAAUUUGCUGGUACUUUCUUUUGUACUGCAUCUCAACACGGUGGCCAAGAAACAACUGCCUUGACAGCUGUUACUUACUUUGCUCAUCACGGUAUGCUUUUUGUACCUUUUGGUUACGCUCAUCCUUCCAUUAUCGAUAAAAAUGAUGAUCAGGUUGUAGGAGGUAGUGCAUAUGGUGCAGGCACAGUGUCAGAUGGUGAUGGAUCAAGACAACCUAGCUUGGUUGAAUUGGAUAUUGCAAAGCAGCAAGGUGCGAAUUUUGGAACUGUGGUGGGCUGUUUUGUUAGAGGACGAUAUAAAAGUGAUAAUGUCAAUCAAAAGGUUGCCGCUGUUGGUGAGACAAGCAGCAAUGAUGCUACUGGUAAUACUCCUACUACAGAGGCUAGUGGAACUAGUACUAGUGAUGCUGGUGCUACAAACGCACCCGCCGAACAAGGUGAAAGGAUAUCAGGUGCCACUAGAGUUGGAGACUCAAACGCUGGAAAAGUUGCAGGUGCUGGCGUUGCAGGUGCUGGAGUAGGUGCUGCAAGUGCAUUGGCUGCUUCUAGGUCAAAAAGUGAUACGAGUGCUGAUAAAACUACUGAUAUUGACAGAACUACUGGCGUUACAAAUACACAUAAUACUAAUGUCCCUAACGCUCCUGCCAAUACUAGUAUGAUAAAAUCUACAAGUGAUAAAAAUGCUAUUGAUGGUCCCAAUACGUCCUCUGCCUCUGUUCCUCCUAAUACUACUACUGUCAACACAGAUACGGAUCUUGCCACUCCUGAAACCGCAAACAAAACAAACACCCCAACCACUACAGGAGCAAGCACUCAUGUGGGCAAUAAUCAGAAGAGUACUUCAGGUUUAGGCUUAACUGCUACAGGUCCUACUGAUUCUUCUGGUAUCGCCAAUCAGGACAAGACUAAGCAAUCAUCAGCAGACUCAGUAGUAAAAGCAGCAGCAGCAGCUAGUGAUGGAAAAGAUCCUACCAAAGUAGGUGCUGAAGCUGGUGCAAAUGCAGCUAGCUCUGCAAACGCUCUACCCAAUACUAAAAAGCCAAAGCAAAGCAAGCUAAAGAAGUACUUUUGUUGUGGAUUUUAAAAACAAGUUGAUAUGGUUUUAAUGAAUAAUAAUAUACAUUUUAGUGAAAUAUAUACAAAGGAAUAAAUAAGAUUAUAUAUA